AGGAGGGGCGAGGGCCGGCAGCCCCCUCCCCCGCGCGCGGCGCCGGAGCCCAGCCGAGCCGGGGGGACCCGCCGCCGCCGGUCAUGUGGGCCGGACUGCUCCUCCGGGCCGCCUGCGUCGCGCUCCUGCUGCCGGGGGCCCCGGCCCGCGGCUACACCGGGAGGAAGCCACCCGGGCAUUUCGCGGCCGAGAGACGCCGGCUGGGCCCCCACGUCUGCCUCUCGGGCUUCGGGAGUGGCUGCUGCCCUGGCUGGGCACCAUCCAUGGGCAGUGGGCACUGCACCCUUCCCCUCUGCUCCUUUGGCUGCGGGAGGGGUAUCUGCAUUGCUCCCAACGUCUGCUCCUGCCAGGACGGAGAGCAAGGGGCCACCUGCCCAGAAGCCCACGGACCCUGUGGAGAGUAUGGCUGUGACCUUACCUGUAACCAUGGCGGCUGUCAGGAGGUGGCCCGGGUGUGCCCCGUGGGCUUCACCAUGACAGAGACAGCUGUCGGCAUCAGGUGUACGGACAUUGACGAAUGCUUAAGCUCCUCCUGCGAGGGCCAGUGCGUGAACACAGAAGGCGGAUUUGUGUGUGAGUGUGGGCCCGGCAUGCAGCUGUCUGCCGACCGCCACAGCUGCCGAGACACUGACGAAUGCCUCGGGACCCCCUGUCAGCAGAGGUGUAGAAACAGCAUCGGCAGCUACAGGUGUUCCUGUAGACCGGGUUUCCAUCUCCAUGGCAACCGGCACUCCUGUGUAGAUGUAAACGAGUGUCGGAGGCCUCUGGAGAGGCGAGUCUGUCACCAUUCCUGCCAUAACACCGUGGGCAGCUUCCUGUGCACAUGCCGACCUGGUUUCAGGCUCCGAGCUGACCGCGUGUCCUGUGAAGCUUUCCCCAAAGCCGUGCUGGCCCCCUCUGCCAUCCUGCAGCCCCUGCAGCACCCGCCCAAAAUGCUACUGCUGCUCCCGGAGGCGGGCCGGCCUGCCCUCUCUCCUGGACACAGCCCUCCUUCCGGAGCCCCGGGGCCCCCAGCUGGCGUCAGGACCACCAGCCUGCUGUCUCCCACCCCUGCACCACACACUUGGCCGCCAGCCACCCUGGUGGCCACUCCUGUGCCUAGUGCCUCCCUCCUGGGAACCCUGGGACCUCCCUCGCAACUACAGGAGGUGACUCCUUACUUGCCCAGGGGCCCAGAGGCCACGUGGUUGGCACCAGGGUCCUCUGCCUGUUGGCACCUGGGAGCCACGUAUGAGUCCGGAAGCCGCUGGACAGAGGCUGGGUGUUCCCAGUGCCGGUGCCAGAACGGGGAGGUGAGCUGUGAAAAGGUGAUGUGUGAAGCUGCUUGUUCCCACCCGAUUCCCUCCGAAGAUGGAGGCUGCUGCCCGUCGUGCACAGGCUGUUUUCACAGUGGCGUCAUCCGAGCCGAAGGGGACGUGUUUUCACCUGCCAAUGAGAACUGCACCGUCUGUGUCUGCAUGGCCGGAAAUGUGUCCUGCAUGUCCCCUGAGUGUCCUCCCGGCCCCUGUCAGACCCCCCUGAAGUCAGAUUGUUGUACUUGUAUUCCAGUGAGAUGCUAUUUCCACGGCCGGUGGUACGCAGACGGGGCUGUGUUCAGUGUGGGAGGUGAUGAGUGUACCACCUGUGUCUGCCAGAACGGGGAGGUGGAAUGUUCCUUCACACCAUGUCCGGAACUGGAUUGUCCCCGAGAGGAGUGGUGGCUGGGCCCUGGACAGUGCUGCUUCACCUGCCGGGAGCCCACACCCAUGACAGGCUGCUCUCUCGACGACAACGGGGUUGAGUUUCCUAUUGGACAGAUCUGGUCUCCCGGUGACCCCUGUGAGUUAUGCAUCUGCCAGGCAGAUGGCUCAGUGAGCUGCAAGAGGACAGACUGCGUGGACUCCUGCCCUCACCCAAUUCGGAUCCCUGGACAGUGCUGUCCGGACUGUUCAGCAGGCUGCACCUACACAGGCAGAAUCUUCUACAACAACCAGACCUUCCCAUCCGUGCUGGACCCGUGUCUGAGCUGCAUCUGCCUGCUGGGCUCGGUGGCCUGCUCCCCGGUGGACUGCCCCAUCACCUGCACCUACCCUUUCCACCCCGACGGGGAAUGCUGCCCGGUCUGCAGAGAUUGCAACUACGAGGGAAGGAAAGUGGUGAACGGCCAGGUGUUCACCUUGGACGAUGAGCCUUGUACCCAGUGCACGUGCCAGCUGGGAGAGGUGAGCUGUGAGAAGGUGCCCUGCCAGCCGGCCUGCUCGGACCCCUCCACGCCCCCUGGGGACUGCUGUCCCUCCUGUCCAGAUUCCCUGGAAAGAAGAGCCGUGGAGUCUGGCAAGGCAGCUCGGAGCCCCCGUGGGGACACUGAGGCCCCGGUGAACUGUAGCUCGUGCCCAGGCCCCCCAGCAGCGUUGCCUGAGAGACCAGUGCCCCAUGUUCUCCAGCUCCUCCUCAGAACGAACGUGACCACCACGCAGACUCUACCCACGAGCCCCUCAGGAGACCAGGCCUCACCCUCACCCCAUCCGGGGCCUGGGGGCACAUUCCCAGGGGAGCCGGGGGCCUCCCAGCCCUCCCCGGGGCCUUUGAUCCUUCCAAGAGCCUCCACUCUACCUCUAGCCGCUCCUGGAGCUCCUGGGCCUCCUCCUGUAACCCCAGAGCCUGAAUCCUCAUCUGGAGCCCAGACAGCGACCAGACGGCCCUCUCCGCCUGCCAUCGUCCUGACUGAACCGUCAGCCCGUUCCACGACGGCCCCCAGCCCCUCAGAGACCCCCGCCACCCUCCUCCGGCCUCGCAGACUCUCUCCCGCCGCCUCCAGACUGUCUGCGGCCCUGGCAGUCAUGGCCAGCCCCAGCCCCCCGCGCACGGGGACCUCAGAGGGGGAGGAAUCCACCGGGUAAGCCGGCCUCGGCUUCAGGGCCCUGCCUGGGAGACUUCGGACACAGAAAACUGCCAGGGGCCCUGGGCGCUGGCAGGGAGGCUCUGGGGCGACCGAGGCUGGCGACGCCAGAGGCUCACUGCUGCAGGGCUCCUGGGGGGGAACGUCCCCGGGGUCCAAUGCAGCCUUGUCCCCAAGAAGCAUUUGGAAUGUGCCGUGAGAGGAGGCAAACGGCAUUCUCCACGGUCGCAUUCUCCUCGGACACCACGGCGGCCUGUCUUGGAAGGAAGGCUGGGGCUGCUGAGCUCCCUGCUCUGGAGGAGAAGAGUCAGAGGGCCUGGGAGUCCCCUGGGAUUGUGCCUCCAGCCGUCCCUCGUCCCUCCCUGAGGUUUCCCGAUUAAAGGCUGUCUCCGUCUUCCCCC